AUGUAUAGACAAAUACCUUUAUCUGUUGCGUUCAGUAGUGAAAACCCUGACGUCAAAAUAAAGGGGAACAGAGUAACGUUUAAGUUUCCAACAGACUGGAUUGUGAACAUAAAUGAAGAGAAGUACAUUGGCAUAUCAAAUAUGUAUAUAACACGUGCUUUCAGAAAGGUUGACUUUAUACUUCAAGUCGAGAUAGAAAAUGACGAACAGUCUUUAAGCGCCCAAAACAUUCACAUAUACAAAUACUUUAAAGACGAUACAACAUUGCAACAAUGUAUGAUUUCAUUUAAUGAAAUGUUCGAGAAAAAGUUUAACAUUGAAGUACAAACUUUACAGCCUUUACGUGAGUUUCUUGCACAACUGAAAGAAGAAGGUAGUCAGCCACAACUUAUAGACUUUCAUUAUGAAUUUAAUGAAAAUGAAGAUGGAACACAUGACUGUCAGUUUGUUGUAUUCUCACCAUUCAAUGAAGUCGCUAAAGAGAAAUAA